UAAAACUCAUUUCUCAUAGUUUGUCUUAAUGCUUUAACUGUUGUAUCCAUGGUAGGAAAAAAAAAAGAUCAUUAGAAUAAACUGAACAGGGCAGACUCCCCCAAUAGUAGCCUUGCUCUCCUCCAUAUGCUGCAAGUAAAUCCUUGAUUCUUACCCGGUGAAACAAUGCCCAAAGAACGCAAAACUGGAAAUGAAAUAAACAGAACAUACAUCCACAUUAACUUUUGCCUAAAAGAUCAAGACCCGCUAAACUUCAUCGGAUAUCUUAUCUCUUCCAGUGGUUGCAGUUGCAAAGAAGACAAUUUUCCCUUCGAAUAUCCUGCAUCAGUUAGGUCGACAGUGAUGAACAUCAGUUUAAAACUCUGGGACCAUUUCACAGUUGAAGCUAUUAAAAAUUGUUUAUAUAUUUUUUUGUCUGACGUAGUCUAAUGAUCAAGGCGCUAAACUCACUAUGGCGGAGUCCGGCUUGAGCUAUCCCAACCUCCAUUAAAAGAAAAAAAAUUCUACAUUAAAUUUAUCUUUUUUAGUUAUAAAAAAUUAAAAACAACUGAACGGCUUCUUUAAAUUACCUUUUUUUUUUUUUUUUUCUAACAUCAUCUAUUCCAACCUCAUCCUAGGGAUGUUUCACAUCAUUCAUCAUAUAAAUUUCUCCAGUCUUUGUUUCUGAACAAGUUUGGCACAGCUUGUAGCCUGUUUCGGAUUGGCAUUGAGUUUGGGCUAAAAAGUGCUGUUGGAAAGGUCUUCUUAUUUGUAAAUUAUGUUAAAGAUAAUUUUAAAUUUUAAAUAUUAAAUUAUUUGUUAAUAUUUUCUAGAUGGUAUAUUUAAAACAAAAUAUAUUUCUCCGACUGCAGCCAAAUAACAAUAAUGACAAACAAACCUUAUUUUUUUAUAUAAAAAAAAUUUCUAUUUAAUUUUCAUAUCUUUAGAGUUUAUUGAUCUAAUUGUUUUAUUUUUAUUGGUUGAUCACAUUUUACCAUGUCUGGGCCUUAUUCAGCCUCUGUUCCAAGAAAAAUGAAACAUCUUCCCUCUGUUUUUCUCUCUAUUAUCAGAGAGAGAGGUGACUCUUGCAGCCCAGAGUAAUGGGAUGGCCUCCUUGCUACCUAAACACACCUCUCUCUCGCACGCUAAGCAACUCCAAGCUCACCUCAUAACCACUGGCCAAUUUCAGUUUCCAAUCUGUUCUUCUCGCUCCAAGCUCCUAGAACUCUAUACUCUGUCUCUCGACAGCCUCUCAUUUGCUAUUUAUACCUUCUGCCAGAUCCUUACCCCUUCCACCAAUGACUGGAAUGCCAUCAUCCGCGGCCUCAUCGGAAGCCCUUCUCCUACAGAUUCUUUUCUUUGGUACAAAACUAUGGUUCGUGGGUACUAUAGAGUUGAUGCCCUGACUUGCUCUUUUGUUUUAAAAGCUUGUGCUCGUGUUUUAGCUUUUUCCGAGUCUGUACAGUUGCAUUCUCAUAUUGUGCGUAAAGGAUUCUUGGCUGAUGCUUUGUUGGGUACUACGUUGUUGGACUUAUAUGCAAAAGUUGGCGAUAUUUAUAGUGCAGAGAGGGUGUUUGAUGAAAUGGUGAAGAGAGAUAUUGCUUCGUGGAAUGCGUUGAUUUCUGGUUUUGCUCAAGGAAGUAAGCCUACUGAAGCUUUGGCUUUGUUUAAGAAAAUGGAGAUUAUGGGAUUUAAGCCUAAUGAAAUUACAGUUCUUGGCGCGCUUUCUGCAUGCUCUCAAUUGGGAGCUUUUAAAGAAGGUGAGAAUAUUCACGCUUACAUAAGAGAGGAAAAGUUAGAUAUGAAUGUACAAGUUUGUAAUGCAGUUAUCGACAUGUAUGCCAAAUGUGGGUUUGCGGAUAAGGCAUAUUCGGUUUUUGAGAGUAUGAGUUGUAAGAAGAGUCUUGUUACUUGGAAUACAAUGAUCAUGGCAUUUGCAAUGCAUGGUGAUGGGUGUAAAGCUCUUGAGCUUUUUGAGCAAAUGGGUCAAUCUGAGGUUAACCCCGAUGCUGUAUCUUAUCUUGCACUGCUAUGCGCUUGUAACCAUGCGGGGUUAGUAGAAGAAGGCUAUAGGUUGUUUAAUUCCAUGGAGAAGAGUGGAGUUACACCUAACGUUAAGCACUAUGGGAGUGUGGUUGAUUUGUUGGGCCGAGCCGGGCGGCUUCAGGAGGCUUAUGAUGUUAUCAAUUCUAUGCCAAUGGUGCCUGAUAUGGUACUCUGGCAGACUUUGCUUGGUGCUUGCAGGACUUACGCUAAUGUGGAAAUGGCAGAACUUGUUUCUCAGAAGCUGACGGAGAUGGGAUCUAACGCUGAUGGGGAUUUUGUUUUGUUGUCUAAUGUCUAUGCGGCGAAGGAGAGGUGGGCUGAUGUGGGGAAGGUAAGGAACGCCAUGAAGAAUAGGGAAGUGAAGAAGUUGCCUGGAGUUAGCUAUGUUGAAGAAAAGGGUGUGAUUCACAAGUUUUACAAUGGUGAUAGGAGUCAUGAAAGUUGGAGGGAAAUUUAUGCUAAGUUAGAUGAGAUUAGAUUCAGGAUUAAGGAAUGUGGGUAUUUGGCUGAGACAAGCUUUGUGUUGCAUGAUAUAGGAGAGGAAGAGAAGGAGAACGCAUUGUAUCAUCACAGUGAGAAAUUGGCUGUUGCUUUUGGUCUGAUUAGCACUAGCACUGGGAUGCCAAUUCAAGUGAUUAAGAACCUUAGGAUAUGUGGGGAUUGUCAUUCGGUGAUCAAGCUCAUAUCAAAGAUAUAUGAUCGAGAAAUUAUUGUGAGGGAUCGAGUUAGAUUUCACAGGUUCAAGCAAGGUUCUUGUUCUUGCAGAGAUUAUUGGUGAAAUUGACUUUUUUUUCAUGUAUUUUUUAAGUUUGUCCUUUGCAAAGGAAACCUUAUUGUAUUUGUAUUUCAAAGAAAAAUAAGUUAAAUUAAAAUUUAGAAAUUUAUGUCAUGCAAA